AUGGCAAGCCUUCACCCCUUCGAUCCCAUCACUCCUGGGGAGAUCCGAUUGGCGGUCUCCGUUUUGGAAGCCGCCUUUCCCGGUGUCAAGCUACGCCACAAGCGCAUUGAUCUCCAGGAACCCGCCAAGCAUGAGGUGGUACCAUUCCUUGAGGCCGAACGCCUAGGUGAAGUGCGCCCGCGUAAGCCAGCCCGCUUGUUGAUGGCACUCUUCCACAGGUUGGACAAUGGGUCCUUCUUCAAGGCCCUGGUGAACGCAGACACCAAGUCCAUCGUGUCAGCGAAAGAGCUGCCCAAGGAUGUCCAGGGUCCACUGGAUGUCGACGAAAUGAUGGAAAUUGAACAGCUGUGUCUCAACCAUCCUGCCGUCAAAGCCGAGAUCGAAAAGCUGAAGCUUCCUGCUGGCCACACGGUAUGCUUGGACCCGUGGAUCUACGGUACCGAAGAUGCCAAGGAGACUCGGCGGUUGUUCCAGUGCUAUAUGUACAUUGUCGCGACAGAUCACCCUCAGAACAACCAGUAUUCUCUACCCUGCAAGUUCUCCCCGGUCUUCGAUGGCAUCUCCCGCGAACUAGUCCGUAUGGAUUACCUGCCUGGUGGGGCCGAUGCCCAAACCACCGAAACACAGCCCUGGAAGCAGGUCUCUACUGUGCAAUACGCACAUGAUCUCUUGAGCGAGCCUCUGCGCACAGAUCUGAAGCCCUAUAUUGUCCAACAACCAGAGGGAGCGUCAUUCAAUGUUAUUGGAAAUGCCGUAUCAUGGCAAAAGUGGCGGUUCCGUGUGGGUUUCAACAACCGAGAAGGUCUUGUGCUACACAAUGUCACAUACGAUGGUCGCAACACCUUCUACCGUCUAUCUUUCUCUGAGAUGACAGUCCCUUACGGCGACCCUCGUGCUCCCUACCACCGCAAGCAAGCCUUUGACGUUGGCGAUGUCGGUUUCGGUAUCACAGCUAACCAACUGAGCCUCGGCUGUGAUUGUCUUGGCCACAUUAAGUAUUUUGAUGGUUAUCGCACAGAUGCACAGGGUACCCCAAUCCAACUUCAAAAUGUCAUCUGCAUGCACGAGCAGGACAAUGGAUUGCAGCACAAGCACACCAACUACCGCAGUGGUGCGGCAACGGUCGUUCGUAACCGCCAGCUCGUUAUUCAGAUGAUCUGCACCGUUGCGAACUACGAAUACAUCUUUGCCUUCAUCCUUGACCAAGCAGCUAAUAUUGAACUCGAGGUGCGAGCAACGGGUAUCCUUUCAACAGUGCCUUUCGACAAUGAGAGCGGCCAAACCGUACCAUGGGGCACCAAUGUCGGACCAGGCGUCAUGGCCCCCUUCCACCAGCACAUGUUCUCCCUCCGUAUCGACCCGGCCCUAGACGGCUUCAAGAACACAAUUUAUUACGAGGACAGCGUGCCUAUGCCUGAGGAUGAGAACAAUCCAUGGCUUGUCGGGUACACCACGGAACAAAACGUUAUCAAGUCCAGUGGAAGCUCAUUGACUAGCGUUGAUCGCCACCGCAUAUUCAAGAUCCGCAAUGACUCAAUUAUCAACCCUAUCACCCACCACCCAAUUGCCUACAAGCUACAAACGAAUCCAAGCCAGAUGCUUCUCGCACACCCGAACUCGUUCGGCUCGAAGCGUGCCCGCUUCGCAACCCGCCCUAUCUGGGUUACCAAAUACCAGGAUGACGAGCUAUUCGCUGCCGGCGAAUUCACCAACCAGAGCAAGCAGUCCGAGGGUGUGGAAGUGUGGGCUGGACGCAAUGAUGCAGUUGAAAAUGAAGAUGUUGUUCUUUGGCACACAUUCGGUCUGACUCACAACCCUCGUAUUGAGGACUUCCCUGUUAUGCCGGUGGAGCGUGUCAGCGUGAUGCUCAAGCCGGAUGGAUUCUUCACCAAGAAUCCUGCGCUGGAUGUGCCCGCGUCGAGCCAGUCCUUCAACAAGUCUACUCUGCACCCCGAGCCGACUUGCUGUGCGGCUCCUCAGGAGCGAGGACAGGUGAAGCUGUAG